ACCCAACAACCUUUCCCCCAGUCUCUCCGCACCAGCAUUACUACCAUCCAUCACAACAGCGGUUUCCUAUCUUGCAAGUUACUCUCAUUAAGAAUAAUAAACAAGAAACGAAUGGCGCCCGUCGUGCCAACGAUCCACGUCUCCGAGCUUGCCACCGAAAUUAAUGCUCUUCCUCACGGGAAAACCCGCUCCCCGCCCAUCGACCUCGCGUCCCUGCCCUUGAAGGAGCUCGUGCAAUAUCGCUGCGAUAUCGUGGCCGGCGAGAAGGGGACAGGUCCAAUUGUCAAAUGCGUGCCCGUGGUCAGGCUUUAUAGGCAAUGCGAUGAUGGGAGGUUGAUUGAGACGACGUCUUGGGAGUCGUGGAAAAAGAAGCAGCGCACCGCAGAGGUUUCCGCUACGGAAGCAUCUUGAGCUUGAAAGAACACUGCCAAACUGCAACACAACACGAUUAUAUGACAGGUGACCCUAUGGCUCUAGUUCGAAUGUGCACUAUACCACUGUAAAGAUAAAAAUUGAUAUAUAACAAAUUGUAUGAGUAUUGUUCGAUCUAUCGAACCCAG